AUGAGCAACAAUCGGAUUCCCGUACGCUUAGAUGCCCUCGGAAGCACUCAAGAUCAGCCUACAAACCCGACGGAGAGCCUUGGGAUGCAGCUGGAUGUUCGAUACCAGCAAACACAAAAUCCCAAUGAUCUCGACGCAGCAGUAAAGUGUUGUCAGCUUGCGGCUAGAACGACUGCUCAUGUCGACUAUGCAGCGCGCUUAGAUCGUCUAGUGGGAUUAUUCGACUCUCGAUUCCAAUACCUAGACCAAAACCCACGUCGCGAAAUGAGCAACAAUCAGCUUUCCCAACACUUAGACGCCCUCGAAAGCAGUUCCCACGCUCAAGAUCAACAUACAAACUCGAUGGAUGAUGUCGAUGAAGCAGUUCGGCUUGGCUUUCUAGCGCUUCGUGUCGCUGUUGAUCCCGCGCUCCUCGAGAAUUUUGGGAGGCAGCUGGAUAUACGAUACGAGCAAACACAAGAUAUCGAUGAUCUCAACUUAGCGAUCGAGUAUUCUCGGCUUGCGAUUAAGAUGACUGCUCAUGACCAUCCCGACUACAAAACGCGCCUGGAUCUUCUGGCGGGACUACUCGAUGUUCGAUUCCAAUCUACGGGAUUUUUGCGUGACCUUGAUAAUGCGAUUCAACUCACUCGUAAUGCAGGCCUCGCCACAAGUCAUAACGACUAUGAAAUGGCAAGGUACUGGUUCGACCGCGGGGAAAGGCUCGGAAGACGGUUUGGCUCUGAAGGAACUAUCGUCGAUCUUAACGACGCGAUUUGGUUCCUUUCCCUAGCACUUAGAGCCACUACUGAAUUUUCGCCUUUCUUCGUCGAUCGCUUGGUUGAGCUCGCUUUCAAUUCCAAACUUCGAUACGACACAUUAGCUGAGAUACAAGAUCUCCAAGCGGCGAUUUCACUACGUCAACGGGCUCUUCAGGCUACCGACGAUCAACAUGAAUUACGGUUAGAUUGCCUGCGCGACCUCGGAAGCGACCUGGAAGCCCGAUAUAGACAUAUCGGAGAGGCCUCUGACAUCCAGGAAGCGAUCACCCUAGCUCACAAUGCAAUGAAUACAAUGGUGGCCAUUAGCCCUAACUAUUAUUUGCUUAGGGAUUGCUUCUAUGAGCUCGGGACUAAGCUCGGACUUCGAUACGAAAAGGCAAACACGAUAGAUGACCUCAAUGAGGCCAUUAUAUGGUCUCGCAAGGCGGUGGGUGCUAUUGGGGCACGCAUUGAGGUUUUUCGCCACCUCGAACACUUAUUAACACUUCGUUACACGAGAACACACCAGAUCAAUGAUUCUGAAGAAGCAUCCAAGUGA